AGAAGAAGAGAUGAAGAGAAGAGGACAAGAAGACAAGAGACGACAAGAAGACAACAAGAAGACUAAAAAUAAAAAUGAAGAUGAAAAAGAAAAAAAGAAGACAAUUAAAAUAAAAGAAGAAGAGAAGAAGAAGAAAUUAAAAAGAAGAUAAGAAGAAAUGAAA